AAGGAAAAAAGAAAGCAGAGUGGUGGUGGCAUAUGCCUUUCAUCCCUGGAGGCAGAGGCAGCAGAUUCUAUGAAUCGAAGAUUAGCCUGGUCUACAAAGUAAGAUCCAUAAGAGAUAGCCAGGAUUGGUUACAUAGAGAAACGCUGUCUCAAAAAUACACACCACACACACACACACAAACACACACAAAUACUGUGUGUAUAUGAAUGUUUGGGCCACAUGGAAGUAUGUGCACCAGGUCCCUGUGGACGUCAGAAUAAGGCAUCAGAACCCCUUCCCCGCAACUGGAACUUUGGUCUGUUGUUAGCUGCCAUGGGGGUGCUGGGAGUGUCCUUUGCAAGAACAGUUAAAAUAUUCUUACUGAGACAUUUCUCCAAACGCUCUUCCAGAAUAUUAUCUAGAUUUCUAAAAUUACGCUUUUGAUCUAAGAUCUCUUGUAGCCCAGGCUAAAUUGGAACUCUGAAGGUGUUUUGGGUUGUGAGAAACCACGAGGGCUUCUUUUAUUUAUUUGUUUGUUUGGUUUGCUUAUUUUCAAGGACAUCUUAACAUUGCUCAGGCUGGCCUGGAACCCUGGCAAUGUAGCCAAAAAACGACCCAAUGUUUGGAUUAGAGGCUUGCGUUGCUUAGGCGGCUAGAAUUUGAAACAAUUCUAAACGAACGCUUUCUGGAGGAUGAUUCCAUUUUAAACUGUACAAACCAUUUUGUUCAACACUUCCCUCCAAAAUAAUAAGAGCGCAGGCUUGCACAGCUGCGCAUGCGCAUUGAAAUUCGCGACCCGCGACGUCUUCACGCACCAUGAAAAGGGCGGUGCAGCCUUUUUAGCAAACCAAUAAGAAACCUCCAGAUUAUCUUUUCCCUAUUGGCUCCCUGGAACCAAUCGGAAGCGAACUGCAUUUUUUUAGCGGGCGGCUGCAGCGCGUGACGUAAUGUGAGGGGUCGCCCGGCAGGGCUGAGCCGGGCCAAUGGGGAGCGACAAGGGUUCGGCUCGUCCAUUCUCACGCCCCACCCUCGGACCUUGCUGGAAGAAAGUUUCGCCCGGCCGCCAAGGGAGAGGAGCGAACAUGGCCUCGCCGAGAUGGCUCUGGUGUGCGUGUGCGACCGCGGCGGUGGCAUUGCUGCUCAUCUCCAGACUUCCCUCGGCCUCUGCCCAAAGAAAGAAGGAGAUGGUGUUAUCUGAGAAGGUUAGUCAGCUGAUGGAAUGGACCAAUAAAAGACCUGUAAUAAGAAUGAAUGGAGACAAGUUCCGUCGCCUUGUUAAAGCACCACCAAGAAAUUACUCUGUUAUUGUGAUGUUCACUGCUCUCCAACUUCAUAGACAGUGUGUCGUUUGCAAGCAAGCUGAUGAAGAAUUCCAGAUUCUGGCAAACUCUUGGCGGUACUCCAGUGCAUUUACCAACAGAAUAUUUUUUGCCAUGGUGGAUUUUGAUGAAGGUUCCGAUGUAUUUCAAAUGCUAAACAUGAAUUCCGCUCCAACUUUCAUCAACUUUCCUCCAAAAGGAAAACCCAAAAGGGCUGAUACAUACGAGUUACAGGUGCGAGGGUUUUCAGCUGAACAGAUUGCCCGCUGGAUCGCAGACAGAACUGAUGUCAAUAUUAGAGUAAUCAGACCUCCAAAUUAUGCUGGACCCCUAAUGUUGGGAUUGCUUCUGGCUGUUAUUGGUGGACUUGUGUAUCUGCGAAGAAGCAAUAUGGAAUUCCUCUUUAAUAAAACUGGAUGGGCUUUUGCAGCUUUGUGUUUUGUACUUGCUAUGACAUCUGGUCAGAUGUGGAACCAUAUAAGAGGACCACCAUAUGCUCAUAAGAAUCCACAUACAGGACAUGUGAACUAUAUCCAUGGAAGCAGCCAGGCCCAGUUUGUAGCUGAAACCCACAUUGUUCUUCUGUUCAAUGGCGGGGUUACCUUAGGCAUGGUGCUUUUAUGUGAAGCUGCUACCUCUGACAUGGAUAUUGGGAAGCGAAGGAUGAUGUGUGUGGCUGGAAUUGGACUUGUUGUGCUAUUCUUCAGUUGGAUGCUCUCUAUCUUUCGAUCAAAAUACCAUGGCUAUCCAUACAGCUUUCUGAUGAGUUAAAGAGGAUUCUAGAGACACAUAGACUGUGAUAAUAAUGGAAACUGAAAAGUAAGACGUAUGUGGUGUUUGAAGAAGAAUGCAACUCAUGUAUUUUAUAUUACCUCUUUUUUUGUCAAGUGAUUUAAAUAGUUAAUCAUUUAACCAAAGAUGUGUAGUGCCUUAAUAAGCAAUUGUAAGAUCAUGAAGUAUUUGGAAUUAGUCUCCUCUUAACCUUCCCUUCCCUGUGAACUUAUGAAACAUUUGAUUUUUGUAGAAUUAGGUACUUUAUAAAAUUUAAAACUACUACUUCAUUUUACGUAGAGCAAACAUCAAAACUACUUUAGUUAACUUUUCAUCAUCUGAUUUUAUCUUAUCCAAGGCUGGGGAUGGAAGGUUCUGAGCAGGAAUUUCCACCUCUGCCUGUUACAAACAACUGCAUCUGGAAGCCAUCAUUAGUUUUCCUUUGUGCAGAUGGGUAUGAUUUACAUCUUUCCUCUUGGACCAAGGUAUCAUAUGCACUAUUUGAACUUCUGAAAAUGGACUGUGUAGCCUUUGGAAAAAUAAAUCUGUCUUCUUCCUGUGUCUUUCCUGCC